AUGAACAGCGAGACGCCUACGGAGAAGGGGAGGACCGUCUCUCCCCAUCAGCAGGAACUGCUGAAUGCUCGGCGUGCCCUCCGUACAGCGAGCUGGUUGUCCGUUUUCUACCUCAUCACCACGGAUAUUCUCGGACCCUUCAACGCGCCCUUUGCCUUCAGUCAGGUCGGAUACGCUCCCGGAGUUAUUCUAUACGUCGUCAUGGGUGGUGUCGCCUGCUAUACGGGUCUCAUUCUAUGGCGCCUGUUCUGCCGCCUGGACUCAGAGCAGUAUCCGAUUAGGACCUACUCAGAUAUCGCCGAACGUAUAUUCGGCAGGUGGUUCAAACAUUUCUGCACAGUGCUACAGACCCUUCAGUUGAUCAUUAACGUCGGGACUAUCCUAUUGUCCAACGGUCAAUCUGUGGCCCAGAUCGCCAUCCACAACGAGUUCUGCUUCUCCAUUAUGAUCCUGAUAUGGGCACUAGUCGGCAUGGUCGCAGGUCAAAUCAGGUCCUUGAAGAAUUACGGCUGGCUAGCCAACAUGGCUAUAUGGAUUAACCUCCUGAUCAUCUUCAUCUCCAUGGGUUUCAUCGCACAUUCACCGCCGAACUACGCUUCGGCCGUGAGCUCAUAUGGGCCCGAAGUAGCGUCAGGCCCGGUCCAUACCUCGGUUAUUGUGAACCAGCCGAUAUACUCCAAGGUUAACGGUAUCAUGCAAAUGGUGUUCGCGUACGGUGGCGCCAUGAUCUUCCCCGAGUUCAUGGCUGAAAUGCGCCGACCAAUGGACUUUUGGAAGGCUAUGUGCUGCGCGCAGCUCCUGAUUGCUACCGUGUACAUGAUGUACGGCAUUUAUGUCUACGCCUUCCAGGGACAGUAUACACUCCCACUUGCGUAUCAAGGAGUCAGUAAAUAUUCGUGGCAAACUGUAGGCAACGUGUUGGCCCUCAUCUCCGGCAUCAUUGCCGCUGGACUGUACGGAAACAUUGGCAUUAAGGUCGCGUAUAUGCAUAUUGUAGAAGAGUGGAUGCGGGGACCCCCCCUCAUGAGCAAGCGAGGCCGGUUUAUCUGGAUGAUCAUGGUGUUCCUUUACUGGAGUCUUGCUUUCAUCGUGGGAUCUGCUAUUCCCCAAGUGCAAAAUAUCUCUGCGCUGGUCGCGGCAGUCUGCAUCAUGCAGUUCACGUACACGUUCCCACCGCUCUUCCUUGUCGGCUACAUGGUGCUCGUCGACGCGACGGUUGACGAUCCCGGCGAUUCCUGGUAUGAGCUUUCCCGCUGGAAACGAGGGCUCUUCUCGGGCCGAUGGUACUACAAGAUCUUCAAUUUCUGCCUGUUCCUUGGGGCCCUCGCUAUGGCGUGUCUUGGUAUGUAUGGUGCCGGAGAGAGUAUCAGUGCGGCUUUCAAAGUGUCCGCCGCCACCUCCUUGGGAUGUGCAUCUCCUGUAUGA